AUGGACCACAACACCGGACCUUUGGCAAGGAAGUCGACAACGCUUUGUGCUCUGCUGCUGGUAUCCAUCGCCGCGCUCCUAGUGUUUGCAAUUCCUGGACAGGCCAACGGUGAGGAAGUCGGAGUUGCCAAUCACACCAAGAAUGGAAGCGAUGUGACGCUCAAAGAGGACUGUAAGCCGGCCGGAGAGGACUUGACUUAUGCCGAGUACGUGAAGCGCUUUCCUACUGUCUGCAAUUUUACGAUCACCAAGAAAUACAUUGAGCUUCUAUAUGAUGGCAGAAAUUGCACUGUGGAACUGAUCACCAACGAAACGAAUGUGAUCAAAUUCAAGACUGGGUACAUGAAAAAAGAUGGCUGUAACUUGGAUAAAUGUGUCGAUGGUGAAACCAGCUUUGAAGAUGGUUUUUCAAAUCUGUUGCCCUUCGCUUACAGCAGAAACAACAAGGAUAUCGAAACGCUCAACAACAAUGAAGGUCCAAUAGAAGCUAAUGAUAAUAAGGUGUGUGCAGCUAGUUUUAAGUGCGGGAAGAAGUGCAUAAAUCAGACAUUUCUUGAGGUCUCAUGGAGCAAAUGUCAGGAUUUUGUAGUUGCGCACGUCCAUUUAAUCGGUGAAUAUUCGAAGGGCCGGGAUCCAUCAGAAGAAGAAAAGGGUACCAAUAAGACGGAAUUCAAUCUGGAGAUAUAUAAUAAUAGCCGUAUCAAACUGGACUUCGACCGAAAGACCAAGGACGAUUUUUUUGGCUUAAAGUCUUACUGUGCUCCAAAGGAAAAUCCCCUUGUUAACCCAGAAACAUGGAAGAUCACGAAUGAAGACAAAGACCUGGAGGGUAAACAUCUGCUCGUAUUCCAUUUACUUCCGCAAAGUGCUACACAAUGGUACAAAGGAGAUAAUAUCGAGAGAAACCUUAAUAGAACAAGGCCAGAAUGUGAUCUCUUCAUCCGCUUUAAAAGGCCAGCCUACGAAUUUCUUCGAGUCGACCCUCCAACAACGACUACAAGUACAACUACAACAACCACUUCGAAACCGGUUACUAAACCAUCAGCCGAGAAAACAACUUCAACGACACGACCGCAGCAAGGAACUACAACAAACGUGGAGGAAGUAAAGGACACCAAAAAGGGAAGCAGUGCCGGGACUGUGAUAAUAAUUCUGUUAGUUUUGGCGUUUGUUUCCGUGUUGAUUGGAGGUUGCGUCUAUGCUGGGCUCGACUACCGCAAAAAACAACAAAAGGAAAAGGAAGAAGAAGCAGCGAAAGCAGCAGCAACUGAAGCAGCAAAAGCAGCGGAAGCAGCAGCAGCUGAAGCAGCAGAAGCAGAGGACGAGAAAGAGAGAGCCUACUGGUUCAACUUUGGAGACACUACGGAGAUUGCUGAUCAAAACUUUAAACGCGCUGCCUUAGGUCUGAUGUCGGUGGAAGAUCAAUUUGUCAAGGAGAUUCUUGACAGGAUGGAGAAGGAGGACAAGGAGAACGCGGAAAAAGACGAAGAAAUUCUCAUCGAAUUGUAUCUACCGGACGUUGCGGAAAAAGGUUUUGCCAAAGUUGGGACUUUCCGAGAGUGGCGGAAGAAGAGUAGAAUGAUCCAGGAAAAAGGCGAGACUUCGGAAGAAUUCGACAAGAGAGUCGAAAAGGCGAUAAAGAGAAGGGGAGGCUUGAAGAAGACUGUCAACGCACUUUUCAAUAGGAAACAAUCAAAGGAUGAAGCUGCCGGAGGGAAAAAGACAGAGGACAGCAAGGUGAAGAACGAUCAGGCUCCGAAGGAGGAAACGACUUCGAAGGACUCGGCUCUGAAGAAUGACCCGGCACCGGAGAAGGCGGACGCUACAAAGAGCAAACAGGCAGGUACGACAUCGGAUGUUCCAACGGAUAUGGUGUCGGAGGCUAAAGAGACGGAUAUGUAA